AUGAGCUCGCUCAGUUCAUGUGACGGCCUUGAUUGUCAAGCAAGAGUCCGACGCGUGAAUCGGAAGAUUGACAUAGCACUGUUGCCAAUUUUAUCAAUCUUAUACCUUUUCAACGGGCUGGACCGAUCGAAUGUGGGAAACGCGGAGACUCAAGGUUUCAGUACCGAUAUUGGAGCCACGCCUGAUGAUCUUAAUCUGGCUGUGUCGCUCUUCUUCGUCACUUUCGUUUUGCUACAACCACUGUCGGCUGGUGUAGGAAGAUGGCUGGGGGCGAAGCAUUGGAUCACCAUGAUGAUGCUUGGCUGGGGCACAUUCACUGUAGCGCACGCGUUCACCCGCGGAAAAGCUUCUUUGCUUACCCUGAGACUGCUGGUCGGUGCGUUUGAAGCGGGAUUCUUCCCCACGGCGGUGAUAUACCUGUCGACGUUCUACUGCAGUUACGAUCUUGCAGUGCGCAUCGCCCUAUUCUAUGGACAGUACGCUGUCGCAGGCGCGUUCUCAGGAUCUAUUGCUUACGGCAUUUUCCACAUCAAAACUUCGACACUAUACAACUGGCAGCUGCUCUUUGUUAUAGAAGGCGAACUCACAAUACUGCUGGGCGUUAUUUCAUGGUUCUGGCUGCCCCGAGGCCCAGAGGAGGCAUGGUUUCUCUGCGAGAGUGACCGUCAGUAUGUCGCGACGCGCGUCCUGAGCGACAUCACUACCUCCAGCUGCGACACCGAUGCUUCUACAAAGCCAAAACUCUCGAAGCGAGAUGUAAAGGAGACAAUAAAGGACUGGAAGCUGUGGUACGUUCUAGUCUUCAACAUCUGCGCCAGCGUGCCCAGCCAGGCUUUCUCCGUCUUCUUACCCUUGGUCGUUCAAGGCCUGGGCUACUCCUCACUUCAGGCAAAUCUGAUGUCAGUACCACCUUAUGUGUGCGGAGCCACCAUCUUGUAUCUUUUCGCCCUCAGUUCCGAUUACCGAAGAGAACGCGGUUGCCACAUCAUCGGAGGAAUAAGCAUAAUGCUAGUAGGGCUUUUGAUAACUACUCUCUGCACAUCCACUAGGGCUAGGUAUGCAGGGUUAUGCAUCUUGCUGUCAGGCAGUUAUGUCCAUGGCCCACUCACCACUGCCUGGCUCAUCGGAAAUACACCAGAACCUGGCAAGCGUGCACUCGUCCUCGGCGUCAAUGGCUUUGGCAACCUUGCAGGAGUCAUUGGUGGCCAGCUCUACAAGCAUAGAUAUGCUCCAGAGUAUCGCCUUCCGUUCUACAUCACCCUUGGCUUCGUCGCAACGGCUCUAUUAGGAUACACAUCAUACAGAUUCACGUUGCAGGCCGUGAACAAGAGGAGAGCAAAGAUACUUGCAAGCAAAGAUGUGGCGCAGAUUGAGCAAGAGCGCACAGACGAUGUGCGUUAUGCCGAUCGCAAAUGGACCUUUCAGUAUGGUGUUUGA